GUAAGCCUGGGUCCGAGUCCCAGCUCUGACACUCGCUAGCUGCAAGGCCUGCGGAAAGUUCCUUCCCAUCCACGUCUCCAUUACUGCCUGCUACCUUGGAGUGCUUUGAGGAUCGGCUAACCGCUUUGGAAAUGGGAUGUUCUCUGUCAGCGCGACGGGUCAGGCACUGAGAGGUGUGCAGCUCUCCUGACUUCAGUGGGGAGCUGACAAGCAGCCCCUCCGAAAAUCAGGGGCUGACUGCAGUUGUCAUGCACAUCAGACUUAACCCUUCAUGUGCUAGCUAGGCAGAGUUGGAACGCAAACACUGGCUAUUUUGAAGUUGUGGCAGGGGGCUGUAGUGUAUGAAUCGGGGAGGGUUUCUGGCAGCUUUGGAUUAGGGUGGGGCUCUUGUCCGGAGUGCUGCCAUUCUAUACAUCCCCCAUUCUGCAUUCUGUGCUGGUCCCCCUUUCUCAGCCAGGAUAGCGCAGUGAUAGGAUAGGAAGGGGGUAGAGAUGGAGCUGAGGCCGGGAGAGAUUGAAAAGACUGGGCCAGUUCAGUGGAGAGAGGAGGAGACAAAGAUGACUGGCUAGGCAGGUAAAUCAGGGCUCCGCACUGCCAGAACAAAGGGCCAUUCCCUGACUUGAAAGGCAGCACGUGGAGAACUCCUCAAAGGAAGGAACUGGUGCAUAAUUCACCUGUAGGACUCUCAGCCACAGGCUAGCGCUAAGGCCAGGAGUCGCUGAAUUAGUGAAACAAACGAUGGGCUGGGAGGAAAUUCUCCGCAUUCCUGCUUCCUGCGGUGCUACCCUUCAGGGCUGUGGGUCUAGCCCAGCUGGGGGGCUGGGAUAGAGGGACGGGCUGGCUGUAUGCUGUACCGGGGGCUGCUGGGAGCUGUAGUUUUCUCUCCCCUCCCCCGUUGUGUACUGUGAAGCAGGCUAGGCAGCACUCACGUGUGGUGCAUCCUCUCGCCAGCAUGGACUACAAGUCCCAGGAGUGCUGAGCGGGCUGGUCUUGGGGAAGUUUGCAAUAACAGGGCUCUGUGAAUUCAGUACAGCGCCUGGGCUUCGCUGGACUCUUUCCCUAAGAUGGCUGGAGAGAGGUGGGAUGAAAGCGUCGGUCAGGUCUCUCUCUGAGCAGCUUCCAGCCUUUGGGUUGUGCCUCCCUCCUGUCCCCAGCCCCCACUUAUUAGCUCUCCUUGCUGUCAGUGCAGGGAUCUGCAGCAGCCCCUCGAAGAAGCUGGGAGAAGGGACGAUUCGAGUUGCCAAUCCUAGUAAAAGGUGAAGGGACAGGAUCUCGUCCUCACAUCCUCCACACAGGAUCCACGGCAUCUUCCACCGAGGCGUCUCCGAUGGGAAAGUGCCUGCAGGGGGUGCUGCCCAGGUGCCGGUGACGUCUGAGGAUGGCAGGGUCUGUUUCUCCCUGGCGGAGUGGGCGGCGUUAGCGGAAUGGCAGAGGGAGCUGUACUGGGACUAGGAGCUGGUCACCUCGCUGGGUGAGGACUGUCUGCUGCACAGGCUAGAGGCGAAAGCAGCUCCCCAGGGAAGAGCGAUCAGCCUGGGCCCCUGGUGGAGCAGGGUCUGCGAGCCCCAUCCCCCACACAAGGCAGGGAGGCUGGGGGUAGCCAUGUCCGAAGAACCGCACCCCUCAAAGGAGGGGGCAGGAUGGCACAGCGAACUGGAGCUGGGCUGUGGAACCUUUUCUCGUGGCGUCACCAGUUCAAAUCCAGGCCACCCGGCUCUCAAACCUGAUCUCUUGUUCCGGAUUGAACGAGGGGAACAGCCAGGUGUGGGGGUUCAGCUGGUCUCUGGUGGCUUAGAGCGUCCGCCAGAUCCCUGCGCAGGCUACGGAUUUUUCAAGCCCGAUGGUUUAUUCCGUAUUGAGCAAUGGGAGGAGCGCUACAUGGAGGCUCAGCAGAAACUGGAGGAGAGCAAGAUCCUCGGAAGUGCCUGCGUAGAGCACGGGGGUGUGAACACAGUCGAGCAAGAAGAGAACUCAGAGAGCUUUGCUGCAGACUUAGAGCUGUCGCCCGUGGUCUGUGACAGUUCCGACGGCUCGUUUCACAGUCGGCAGCUGGUAUCCAAGAGGCAGCAGAGAAACCAGACAAGGAUCAAGAUGGAAGAAUCAGCCGGCUUCAGCAAGUGUUCAGAUGCCGUCGUACGUCAGCUAGGGGCUGGGCCUUUCCAGUGUGCCGAGUGCGGGAAGCGCUUCCGGCAGAAGCAGAGCCUCAUCACGCACGAGAGGAUCCACACGGGAGAGAAGCCCUACAGGUGUCCAGACUGCGGGAAGAGCUUCAGCCAGAAGCCCAACCUCCUGACUCACCGGCGGAUCCACACCGGGGAGCGGCCCUUCUCCUGCACACAGUGUGGGAAGAGCUUCAGCCAGAAGGCCAAUCUCAUUGCCCACCAGAGAACCCACGUGGGGGAGAAGCCGCCGCAGUGGGGCGGGCUUGGGGGGAAGCCAAAGUCCCCAGCACAGCAGGGAGACCAGGAGGAAAAGCGGCCGUUCGUAUGCCCCGAGUGCGGGAAGAGCUUCACGCAGAAACCCAACUUGGUGACUCACUACCGGACCCACACAGGCGAGCGGCCCUUCAGCUGUGCCCAGUGCGGGAAGAGCUUCAACCAGAAGACCAACCUGGUGACUCACUACAGGACCCACACCGGGGAGCGGCCCUACGCCUGCCCCCAGUGCGGGAAGCGCUUCACCCAGAAGACCAACCUGGUGACUCACCAGAGCACCCACACAGAUGCGCGCCCCUACCCGUGCGGGGAGUGCCAGAAGUGCUUCAAGGACAAGGUGUCCCUGAAAGCGCACCAGAGAACCCACAACCUGAGCCAGCCCAGACCCUGUGGGAAUCCAGAGCCAAUCCCACUCCACAGUCCCCCCGCCGUGCCGCUCCAGCCCGCAGGUGCUGAGCAGGAGAGCCAGCGUGACCCCACUCAGCCGGUGCUAGCCCAGAAGAUCCCCGGAAGCCAGGCACUGUGCACGUGCACUGACUGUGGUAGCAGCUUCCCCCAGAAACAGCACAUCCCACUGCCCCAGCAAACCCCCUCAGCAGAGCAGGCCUUCCUGUGUGUGCAGUGCGGGGAAAGCUGCCCACAGGCGGCUCUUCUGAAGCCCCAGCCCGGCCAUGCCAUGGAGAGGCCCUGCGAGAGCGUCCAGUAUGGGAGAGGCCUCAGCCUGAACCAACAUCUCCUCAGACACCUGGAGCCCUGCCUGGGCCCUGGCGACGCGGCGCACGCAGCCCCCGGGGCAGAGCGGCCCUUCAUCUGUAACCAGUGCGGGAGCAGCUUCAGCUUUUGGCCGGCUCUCGUUGCCCAUCAGGGCAGCCACGCAGGAUGGCAGCCGUAUCCGCUUCCUGAACGCGGGAAAGGCCUCAGGGCCCGGCUGUCCCUGCCAGCCCAGCAGGAUGCGCAGGUGGGGGAGACAGCCUGGACGUGCCCCGAGUGCAGGCGGAGCUUCAGCCAGCACAGCCAGCUGGCAAAGCACCGGGAAAGCCACUGGGGCGACAGGCCCCAUCGGUGUGACGUGUGCGGGAAGAGCUUCGGCUUGAAAGCCAACCUGAUGACGCACCAGCGGCUCCACACGGGCGAGCGGCCCUUCGCCUGCAGCCAGUGCGGGCGGCGCUUCAACCAGAAGGGGAACCUGGUGACUCACUACCGGACCCACACGGGCGAGCGGCCUUUCGCCUGCCCCCAGUGCGGCAAGAGCUUCAGCCAGAAACCCAACCUGCUCGCCCACCAGAGAACCCAUGUGGGGCGGCGGCCCUUCGCCUGCGCCCAGUGCCCCAAGCGCUUCAAAGGCAAGAUGUCCCUGAAGAUCCACCAGCGUGUCCACGGAGGGGAGAGACCUCCCGCCAGGCCGCCGAGCGUGGAGCUGAUGGAGGCCCACGCCGGGAAGAGGUGCUGUUCCCACUCCCCAUGCGGGAAACCCUUCAAGGAGCACGUCGCCCUGCAGCUCCCCCAGCGAGUGCCCGGUGGGGAGCGGCCGUACGCCUGCCCGGAGUGUGGGAAAUGCUUCCGGCAGAAGGUCACGCUGGUCACGCACCUCCGGACCCACACCGGGGAGCGGCCGUUCCAGUGCGCCCAGUGCGGGAGGAGCUUCAGCCAGAAGCCCAACCUCCUCACACACCAGCGGACUCACACCGGCGAGCGGCCCUUCGCCUGCACCGUGUGCGGGAAGGGCUUCAGCUGGAAGCCCAACCUGGUGACCCAUUACCGCACCCACACCGGGGAGCGGCCCUACAGCUGCACCGACUGCGGGAAGACCUUCAGCCAGAAGCCCAAUCUCCUCACUCACCGCAGAACCCACUCCCAGCAGAGGCCAUACGCUUCCCCCAGUGCCACGCAAGCUUCCCCCACUGGGACACCUUCACCCUGUGCCGCGGUGGGGACUGGCCCCACGUGUGCUUGGCCUGCAGAAGGCACCUCAGUCACCGCAUCCCCCACGGCGGGGAGCUCCUGAAGCCAAGCAAGCAGAGACAUGGUGUCAAUGCAGCGGGGGUGACAGGAGCUUUGACGAUCAGAGAGCUCUGCGGGCGCAUCAGAGAGCACCCGUCCCCCUGUGCGAGCUGGAGCGAGUAGACUGGAUCUGGGAACCUGGGACUAACCCGUGCUGCUGCCGCACCCACGACACCAGACACGGACCGGGGAACGUUACAGAUCUGACUUCAUUCUGCACACACCGAACUUCAGAGAGGACACAGCUGCUGGCAGCGGGCAGGCCGGCUGAUCGAUCAGCACACGUUGCUGCAGAGUGCAAAGAGACUCCGAGUACUGCUGUGAGCAGAGCGAGGAGAGGGCACGGCAAGCUGGCAGGCCUGGGGCCCUGCGGCGAGUGUCCCGGGAAACCCACCCCUGAAAGAGACUCCCUGGGCGGGAACGGCCUGUGGAGCUCUGCCCUCUCGCCUCCCUGGAGCUAAACGUGGGCUGGGGGUGGCUCUUGGAAGCUCCGAUCCAAGCGGAGGCAGAGCCUGGCUAGCCUGGGCGUACGUUGUACCGAGGGUAUUGCUGGGUUCUGGAUCCCGCCCCGAGCCAGCUGCAGGGCAGUGAAAGGCCGCCUGGGACUGCAAGCUCCAGCCCCUGUAGACACAAUAACGGGGGGGGAGGGGCAGGAGGCCCAGCCCCAGAGAAGGCUGCAGUUGGUCUGAAAGCAGUUGGCGGGGAGGGGGGCACGAGGGCGAGGUGCCCUUGCUGGGGAGCAGGAAGGAGAAGCUGGGUGCUGAUGCCCUGGUGGAGGAGGACUGCAUGCUGGGGCAGAGCUCGGCUCCAUGGGCCCGUCGGGGGGCACGGGGAGCCCUGGUACCUGCUUAGCUGAGCCGCCAGCCUCGGCCAGGUGUGUAAUUAGCUCCAGGGCGGAGAACAGAGCCAUGAGCAGGCUGCAGCGUGAUACUCCCAGCUACGCUCUGCCCGUCGUCCCAGCAGGAGCGUGGCGACACCAUGACUGUCGUAUGUCCCAGACAGGAAGAAAAGAAAUACUAAUGGCAGGAGGACUGGGGGGUGGGGCACGCAGAGCCCAUGGCUGGGGGCACAUGGGGCACCCAAGCACCUGGCAGAUUGGGGAGGGCAGAAUGGGGGGCACACAGAGCCUCUAGCAUGAGGCUGUGGGUUGUGGCAGGGAGCCCCUGUCCUAGAGGGGGAAGGGAGGGUGGCACCCGGGGAGCAUGUGGGGAACGGAGGGAUGCAGGGACCCCGGUGUGUGUGCUGAGCUUGGCCUGCAGCAGUGACAGUGCGUGUGGGACCCUCUCGUAAGUUCUCUCCCUUACCUGGAAGCGCAGCCAGCAGUGCCCCAGGGUGUUACAGCUCAGGGGGUAUCACUCAGCAAUGGGCCCCGCUCCGACGGCUGCCCCCUUCCCAGGCAGCAGUGGGCGUCUGGCUCUCAGGCCUCCCCAGGAUCCCUCGUGCCGGCGGCGAAGGCACUGCCUGUCCGUGGAUUGCUGCCGCAGGGGUGUUGGGGGGACUGAAGCUGCCUGCUGCAGCGGUGGGGAGGGGACAGCCUGGCCUGUGGGUGUGGCUGGGUGAACAGGGUCGAAUGAUGAGAGGGAAGAAGCCAGGGCUGGUUGGGGACCAAAUCCUGUCUUCACUUAGUGACAGUGAGGUGGGGCCUGCGCUGCACCGUCCCUUCCCGGGCACCAGCCCCUGCUGUCACAAGCACAGGCUUCUGCUUGCCCCACGGGCUGGCGCAGGAGGGUGGGACAGGAGCCCGGUUCCCACCAGCCAUUGCCACACACAGUCCUGUUGGGCAGUCCCAGCACGCGGGCGGAACGGGCCACUGGCCUGGCCUCCCGGGAGCCCCAGAGCUGAUCUGGGGCAGGGGCAGGAGAUGGGCGUGUGCACAUGCGAAGCAUGCAGGGCUCUGCCCUACCUGCUGACUGGUUCACCGGGAUGUCGGGCUGCUAGGCCAGCGCCUGCCUCCCACACUGACCUUGCGUAGCUCCCAGGAGCGCCGGGGGGAGCUGGCUACAGAACCACUGGGGCUUCGCUACCUGACCGCGCGCUGGCUCGGUGCUGACGUCUCCCGAAGCUUUGGGGCCCCUCCCAGCAGCAGCGGCUGGCUAGGGUGAGAGUGGGAACAAACUAGCGUGUUGCUUCCUUUCGUUCUUGUCUAGCGUCCGCAAGCCCCCCCGGCAUGCCAGCCGGGCACCGCUGUGCAGCAGGGUUCAUGGAGCGGGGUGCUCUGGAGGGGACCCUGCCUCAGGCGGCAGGGAGUGAGGCUGUACACUCCACAGACGGGACUGGGCUGCGAGAGCCGUGCGCACCCCGUCCCUGCAGCCACCUCCCUCUCGCUCGUGGGCACUGAGCCGCACCGGUGAGGACCGCGUCCUGCUCUGGAUGGUGGUUAGCGCUGGGCGUGACAUGGACUUGUGCCUUCAGAGGAAGUUCUUCGGGGCGGGCACUCUUCCUGCGCCAGGGCGCUUGGUGCCACGCUGAUACCCACGGUAACUGCGCGUGUUUGCACUUGGUGUGGACGCUCACUAGGUUACAGCUGUGGGAUGGCGUUUCAGCCCCCCGUGGUUGGUGAUCUAGGGCUGCCCUGUCCCACGACGGGCCCUGAUGUGCUGCCACUGGGCCAGGUGUGCGUUUCCAGUGUGCCAUGGAGCUGCUGGUGGCAUGUCAGUUCCUUGGGGGUCAGCACCCUGAGGUGGGCCGGCAGAGCCUGGAGGACCGGUAAGGACUGCGUUGCUCGCUGAUCAGGCUCCUGGCUAGGCAGCCAGCUGGAUGGGACUGGCGGGCAGGAGGCUGCCGGAUGGGGCGGGAUGGCACAGUUGCUUAGCAUGGUUGGGGACCAUUUCUCUAGCAUGUAGCCAAACCUGCUGUGUACCCGCAGCCCUCUCAUCACCAACCAUCUUGUGCUGCUGCUGUGUAUUCACGGCGUGUCCCUGGUGGGAAACGCCCAUGUCACCAUCCUUGCUAACCAGCCCCGCGCUCGCACCGUCUUUCAGAGCCGGGGAGUCUCCCCCCGGUAUGUUCAUUUACAAUAAAAGCUUUGGGGCAGCAGGUGA